AUGGCUAGUAAGAGAAAAAUUGUUGCGAAACUUCCAAUGGCGUCAUUAGCUGAACCAGUGCGAAAAAGUGCUUUAGAUGUGAUACAAUAUAAUCUUCGCGCUAUUGAUUACAGAAUGGAAAAUAUUAUACAGGAUUUAUGCAUAGAUUACUUGCCCAUUACAGGACUAUUUCUUGUUUAUCCAUCGUAUUACAUUCACAUAUUAGAGGCAUGGGAAGACAUCAUUUAUAAGCACUACGAGCUUAUGUACGUCAUGGACGACGAUAAAUGCAAAUUCGGAAAAGCAAUUCCUUUGCCUUCGUAUCAUCACGUUCAUCAAAGAUUCUUCUCAGGAUGGUGCCACGUCUACAUGAAACCGCUGACUUUAAUAGGGACGUUAGAAGCUCAAACAUUGGAUGACAUUCUAAAGCAAGUCUCAAACUGUCUAAUAAAGGUGUACGCGUUAUGCGAGUAUAUUGCAAACACGGUUCGUGCGCACAAAAAGGUUCGCAAUUUUUUUCAUUCGAUUUUACAGUCGAUCGACGUUCAAGACGUGCUACGGAACUUGGGAGACAAAGCGGCCCGGUAUCUCCCUGAGAGUACAGUUCUCGAGUUUCUCUUGAAUGUGAAUUCGCCCGUGCUCAAAACCGUCGAGGAGUAUUUGCAAAUGUAUUCCGAUGCAUCGCCGAGUGCAUUCUGGGACGGUAAGAAUUACAUGUACUGACGUACAUCGAGU